ACCAUAAGAUUCACACCUUCCUUCCACCGUCCACCUGUUAACCCAGUAAUCUCCCUUUGUAGCCACCACUUUGCACUGUAUAUAUAAACCACCUUUACCUUCUUCACAUCACACACUCCAUAGCCUUCUCUUUUCUUCUCAUCUCAAAACACCCUCAGCACACACUUUUAACAAUGGCUGCCUUCUCAAGCCAUGCCAUCAAAACCAUCCCUUCUUUUUCCUUUCAGAAAUCUGUCACUGCCAAACGAACUUCGUUCCUCACACCCUCAAAUAUCAAACCUUCAUCACCCUUUGUCUCAUCAAACCAUUCUCUCGCCAAAAGUCUCAAGCUUAACUCCACUUUGCCACACUCUUCUGUCACUUCAGUUCCCAAGAAAUCUUUCACUUGCAGAAGCCAGGCUCAGCCUGUUGACUCUGAAAAAGUCCAAGAACUGAAUGUGUACGAGAUCAACGAGCGAGACCGUGGAAGCCCUGUUUACCUUAGAUUGAGCAAUAAAAGUGUGAAUUCCCUCGGUGAUUUAGUCCCCUUCAGCAACAAGUUGUACACUGGAGAUUUGCAAAAGCGCAUUGGCAUAACAUCUGGUAUUUGCAUUUUGAUCCAAAACAAAGCUGAAAAGAAAGGGGACAGAUACGAAGCAAUCUUCAGCUUCUACUUUGGAGACUAUGGUCACAUAGCAGUGCAGGGACCAUACCUUACUUACGAGGACUCAUAUUUGGCUGUGACUGGUGGAUCUGGAAUUUUUGAGGGAGUUAAGGGUCAAGUGAAGCUGCAUCAAAUUGUGUAUCCUUUCAAGAUUUUAUACACAUUUUACCUAAAGGGUAUUAAGGAUUUGCCUCAAGAGCUUCUUGUGAAGACUGUUGAACCCAUUCCUUCUGUUGAAGCUUCCCCUGCUGCUAAAGCCCUUGAACCCAAUGCCACCAUUGCUGGUUUCACAGAUUAAAGUUCAUCUUUUUCUUACUUUUUUAUAUCUUUUUUGGCUUUUUGUAGUUUGAUGAGUUUCUGAAUAACAAGUGGGGGUGUUUGAUGCUUUUCUUUUUGUAGUAGUGGAGUUUCCAUUUAUGAAAAACUUGACAUUGUUCCAUGGUGCUGCUGUUUAAACAAAUAUCAUGUGUAACAAAAACAAGUGUGUUUGCCACCAUUGGUGUUGGACUUUUUAUGUUUUA